AAUCUUCCCACCACACUAUUCUUCCCAGUGCUUGGACAAGUAGAAAACUCGAAUUAGGGUUCUUGUUUUCUUGAAGAUUAGAUGGCCAUGGAUGGAAAUUCAAGUGGUUCUUGUCAGAACACUUCUGGGUUUGAUCUACAGGACGAAAUGGUGAAGCUUUACCUCAAUGGAGAAGCGAAUGAUGACACCUAUUUCGACCCGAAUUCCGUAGCCAAGAACAUAGGCAAUGAAGGCCUGAAUCAAAAUUCUUGGAACAAACAGAGCUUUGAUGGUCAUGAGGACUAUGAUUUUAGUGACACGGUGCUGAAGUACAUUAGCCAGAUGCUAAGGGAAGAGGAUAUGGAAGAGAAGGCUUGCAUGUUUCAAGAGUCCCCCGCCCUUGAAGCGACCGAAAGGUCUUUCUAUGAGGCCAUCAGUGAGACAUACCCGCCAUCCGCUGAUCAAAUGGGUAGUUUUGGUAAUGGCAAUGUCGGCGAUUGUGAUUUGAAGUCAUGCCCGAAUCGGGACCAUGAUUCUCUGUCGUCCCUCGGUUCAUCAUCCAAUAGCUUACAGAUCAUGAAAGAAGGGUCAAAAGGGAAGAAAAAUGUGCACUGUGAAGAAGAAGAAGAAGAAGAGAAAGAUUCAGAUAGAAAUUACAAGCAGCCAGCGGUCUCGUCACAAUGGACCGUUAAACCAGAAGUGUGCGACAUGAUUUUACUGUCGAGCGACAAUAAAAACGAGUCUGAUCUUCGACAGUCUUGGCAUCCGAAAGGGUAUAAUAAAGAGAAGAGUUCCCAGGGUAGGAAACCAAAGAACGCCAAAAGAGUUGAAGUGGUGGACUUGAGAAUGCUAUUGACGCUUUGCGCGCAAGCGGUUUCUUCCAAUGACCGGGGGACUGCAGACGAGUUUCUGAAACAGAUCAGAGAACACUCGUCCCAAACCGGAGACGGGAUGCAAAGGCUGGCCCACUAUUUCACUGACGGGCUUGAGGCGCGGAUGGCGGGUUGUGGGACCCACAUACACAAGACCCAGCAUCCGACAUGUUGAAAGCGUUCCAACUCUUCGUAGCCGUGUGCCCGUUCAGGAAGAUCUUGUACUCUUUCUCUAACAAAACGAUCAUGCAUCU